AUGCCGUCGCAGGAGAGUCUCCUUGAGGAGACAGUUGACCCCACAGAAAAGGAGACAGCUGUCUCCGAUAGAGAGCGGUACAGCUGCAAGCAGCAGCAGCAGCAGCAGCAGCAAUCCACCGCAGCAACAGGAGAAAAUACCAGCAGCUACAUCUACGGUGCCUCGAAAGCAGCAGCAGCAGCAGCAGCAGCAGCAGCAGCAACAGGACCAGCUGAGCUGCAGCAACACAGCAGCAACAUCUACAUCAGCAGCAGCAGCAGCAACAGCAGCAGCAGAAGCCGCAACAGCAGCAACCGCAGCAGCAGUAGCAGCAACACCAGCAGCGACAAAAGUUUCAGCAGCAGGAGCAGCAGCAGCAUACGAACGCGUCCACCGCAGCAACAGGAGAAAGGACCAGCAGCUACAUCUACGGUGCCUCGAAAGCAGCAGCAGCAGCAGCAGCAGCAGCAACAGCAACAGGAGCAGCUGGUGCAAGAUAAGCAGCAGCUGAGGCUGCAGGUGACACAUCAGGGGGUAGUAAUACACCGCCAUCAGCAGCAACAACAGCAGCAACAACAACAGCAGCAGCAACAGCAGCAGCAGCAGCAACAGCAAGAGACACGAGAUCUGUGUUCCCCUCUGGGCUCUGAAGACUGUCUCCUGCAGGAGGGGGCCCCCCAGGGGCCCCCUUCAGCUGUUGGCGGCAGCAGCUGUCUCCCUGUCUCCACCCUGGAGAGGGAGGACAGCAGCAGCAGCAGCAGCAGCAGCAGCAGCAGCAGCAGCAGGAACAGCAGCCGCCGCAGCAGGAGGAGCAAGUACCGCUGCAGCGACAGCAGCAGCAGCAACCAUAGCGACAGUGGCAGCAGCAACAGCAGCAGCAGCAUCCGCAGCAGCAAGUACCUUUGCCGAAGCAUUAGCAUUAGCAGCAACACCAGCAGCAACAGCAGCAGCAACAGCAGCAGCAACAGCAGCAGCAACAGCAGCAGGAGACGGAGCGGAGCAGGGCACGUCCUCUUCCCCUUCUCGAUGCGGGGCCCCCCUGAAGGCUCUCAGCUGGGGGCCCCCGGGGGCCCCCCAAGAUAUGCAAGGGGGUUAAGAGGAGACACUCGGUUGGGGGUUGUCUCCGCCGCCUGCAGCACAGACAAAAUGUCUAUUGGGGGGCCCCCCAGGGGGGCUGACAGCCACACAGAGGGCGCGGUCCAGCAGCAGCAGCAGCAGCAGCAGCAGCAGCAGCAACAGCAGCAGCAGCAGCAGCAGCUCGAGCAUGGAGCCAGCUGCACAAGACAGCCUUCACAUGUACUUGGUAAACAACUGUCUCCUGCAGGAGGAGACAGUUGUUUACCGAGGGUGUUGGGGGGCCCCCCAAAGGGGCCCCCGAAGGGGCCCCCUCAGGGGCCCCCCAACCCAGCAGCACCCCGCCCAGCGACAGCAGCUGUGGGGGCCCUGUCUCCUAUUUUUUCUGGUGUCUCCUUUGGUGGGGGCCCCCAGGCUGCGCUUGCUGCGGGUGCUGCGGGGCUGGAGAUGCCCUUCUCCCUGUGUGGGGACGGUGCUGCAGAAAGGAGACAGCAGCAGCAGCAGCAGCAGCAGCAGCAGCAGCAAGAGACAGCAAGUGGGGGGCCACCAGAAGCUGCAGUGCCCCUGUCUGCCACAGUUCGCUGCGCUGUCUUCUCAUCGAACGGUACCCUUGCUGCUGCUGCUGCUGCUUCGGGGGCCCCCGGGGUGCAGCAGCAACAGCAGCAGCAACAGCAGCAGGAGACGGAGCGGAGCAGGGCACGUCCUCUUCCCCUUCUCGAUGCGGGGCCCCCCUGA